GCAUGACAAAACUGAGAACAGUUCAGUUUGAGAAAACGAGGAGAGGAUUCUCACAGGAAAAUGUAGGAAUAUAUUUGAUCAACUUUGUAAAAGUUAUAGUUUUUAUUUAUACUUUUCAAUUAGACCAUAAAGGGACAUUGCAGGAGGAUAUAAAGGGAAAGAAAACUCAAAAACCAGUAAUUCUUUGUAACCUGCUGUAUUCAAAUGUGUUCAGCCAGGCUUGACAGUGUUUUUGAAAGUGUUUCCAUCCGUUGAGUUGCUGUUUCUUGUACUUUGAGUGAGUUUUUUUGAAAGAAGACGGUUCAUCCAGUGGAGGAAAGGAUCUGCUGCAGAAAAUGCUUGUUGUCCAAAUGCUGACUCUCAUCUUGGCUGUCACAGCUGAGAAUGCGAAUGAAAGCCACUCGACUACUGAUGUACCACAACCGAAUGCAUCAAAUCCCCCCAAAACUGAUAUCAACAAACAAAACCAAACCACGAGUACUGUGAUAGAGGUCACAAUGGUCGGCCGCUCAAACAUCAGCAUGUCCAACAUUGACUCCACAGGUAACAACAAAACUUCCAACAACACAAGAAUUCAAGAAAUAUUUAAAGAUGUGCUGAAGAGUAUCCAGGAGGUGCCAGGCAUCAUUUUAUUUGGGGCUGGGUCUCUGAUGGGGAUCGUCCUCACAACCGUGAUCUUCUGUAUCAUCAAAGCCUGUCAAAGAUGCAACGAGAAAAGAUCAUCCUACCCAUUGGGUGUCAUGGAGAUGACCGCUCAAAACUCUCCAAAGGCGGAUGGAGAGGCAAUCCAGGAUCAAGAGGCAGCAGACGGAGACGUCGGAUCUGCUGGACAGUUGUUACUCAAUGGGGACGGGGCACCAAAAGAAGCAGAGUACUCAGAUCUUGACUUCUCUGCGGCAAAAAGCAGGAAGGCCCCAGAGGUGGUGACAAUCCCAGAGACUGAAUAUGCUGAGAUUAAAAUAGAAAAUCAAGCCCAGAUUGUUGAGGAGGAUUGUGGAAUAAUGGAGGGCAACCACGAAACACUGAUGGAAGAUGAUGUGGUGAAUGAAGAGGAAAUGCUUCACGUGCCGCCUGAGGAGGCAGCUGUAGAUGACGAGUUCUCCAGACAGAUUACUGAUGAGACCUGAACUCCAACUGUCAAUGGAGUUAUACAGGAUUUCACUUUUAUUUUACCCAUGUGUAUAUGUUUUGACUGUUUAUGAGAAGUGGACCUGACCCCUCCCCCCUUGCAUUCUAAACGGAAGUACCCGCUGGCUUUAAGAAACCAAACUCCCAUGUACUAAGAAACAGCUAUUACUCAGUCAUUAUAUUUGUAAGAAUAACCAUUCCUGCUCUCGUACCGUUUUUUACAUGUUCGACUGCUACUGUAUUUUUUUAUCAAACUUUUUUUUAAAUUCCAAGUCGAACAUUGGAACCGUUUGACAGAUCUCAUGUCGCCCACUUUGAAGUGGUAGGGGUGUGGACUUCCAACGAGCUAACUCUGUAUUGGUGAGAGUGGUUGCCAUAGAAACAGUGACUCAUAGACUCUUGUUCCAACAUGGCGGCGACCAUGAUCCAGAAAAAUGGCGACUUAUUUGGCUUAAUUUUGUGUAAACUGGUAGUAAGUUAUUAGAUAUGGAUAAUCCCAAAUCAAUUCAAAUUUAAAAAUUUUUUGUACAAAAGUAUUUUCUAAUGCUAAGCAGCUUGAAGCGCUCAACAGUUAAACAAAGCAAGACAAACAAAAUAAAUAAAUAAAUAAAAUUUAAACCAAC